AUGAGCGGAUCCUCUAGAGCAGACCUGGCUGCCGCUGCAACUUCAACGGUCCUUACAGCCGACCAAAUCAUGAAAGCCAUCGAGGCCAGCCAUGAGGGCAAAGAAGCCCACGCUAAAAAACAUAUCGGCUAUGCUGCCAUUGGUGCCGCAGUCGCAGUCGGCGCGAUGGAGCUCUUUCGACGAGACGAGCUCGACAGGCAGGGCAAAGACGAAGACGACGACAAUGUCGUAGUCCUGGGCGAACACAACAAGUGCGGUCACCACCACCACGAUCAUGAUUCACAUGUCCUUCGCGUCGAUCCAAAGUGCUCGAAGGAUCACGUACCCCCAGGACACUCUCGACGGCUUGCAGAAGAGAUUAUUGGUGCCUAUUCUCUAGGCCAAGAGAUUAUGGGGAACAAAAAGCACCAUGUAGCCCAUGUUGUGGCAGAGGCUAUUGGAGCGAUUGCUGCGAUGAAGGAUACGAGAGACCACGUCAGUGGCGUAGAGUGAGAUGCACAUUGCGCCUCUCAUGCAGUUUGACGCCUCUUGCUUCUCCAGCUUUUGAUCAUUUCUUAAGUGGCUUUUUGUUGAGCGAGUUGCCGUAACUUAGUUUCGUACCUCAAUGCCAGUUUGAAUAAUAAAUUACCAAUGGAAGUUUUCUCACUUAAUUCCAGAUGUCGGACCCUUUAUCUAGUUUAGCUUUUAUAUCUCUAACUUUUACUUGACUAGAAGUGUAUAUAGAUGCAGUUUCAGUAGAUGUGAAUGGCUUUUGUUGGAUGGCU